AUGGCGAAGCUGACAUCGGAGCUGCUGCGGCCGGUCGACCCGGCGGCAGCGCCGGACGAGGCGGCGCUGCUGCGCUACCUGGCCGCCAACGCCCCGGGCUUCCCGGGCCCCGCGCCGGCGCUGUCGCUGACCCAGUUCGGGCAUGGCCAGUCCAACCCCACCUACUGCAUCCACGCAUCCGCCUCCGCCCCCGGCGGGGGCCCGGCUAGGCGCUACGUGCUCAGGAAGAAGCCGCCCGGGGCCAUCCUCCAGUCCGCGCACGCCGUCGAGCGCGAGUACCAGGUCCGGUCUGGUUUCAUCUCCAUCUCCCCCGCCCCGCUCUUCUUCUGCGGCUUGGUCUCGGUUCCUAUUGCCUUCCUUCUGAUUAAGGAUAUGAGCUUACUCAGUGAUUCAUUUCCUAUCGGGAAGCAGGUUCUCAAAGCUCUGGGUGAUCACACAGAUGUUCCUGUCCCGAAGGUUUAUUGUCUAUGCACAGAUGCAAGUGUAAUUGGAACUCCUUUCUAUAUAAUGGAUUAUCUGGAAGGAAUAAUAUAUCCUGAUAGCGCGUUGCCGGGGGUGACUCCAUCUAAAAGGCGAGCUAUAUAUUUUUCUACUGCCAAAACUUUGGCUACUAUACACAAAGUUGAUGUUGAUGCCAUUGGAUUGCAGAAGUAUGGGAGAAGAGACAAUUAUUGCAAAAGACAAGUACAAAGAUGGGAGAGGCAAUAUCUUGCAUCCACUGGUGAAGGGAAGCCUGCACGUUAUCAGAGGAUGCUUGAUCUAGCUCGUUGGUUGAAAGAACAUGUACCAAAAGAAGAUUCCUCAGCAGCAUCAGGAACAGGUCUUGUCCAUGGUGAUUACCGCCCUGAUAAUCUAGUUUUUCAUCCAACAGAGGAUCGAGUAAUUGGCGUUAUUGAUUGGGAACUAUCUACUUUGGGGAAUCAGAUGUGUGAUGUUGCUUAUAGCUGCUUGCCAUAUAUUAUUGAUGCAACACCCACUGAAAGGACUUUUUAUGGAGGAUUUCAACAUACUGGCAUUCCAGAUGGGAUUCCUCAACUGGAAGAGUACCUUUCUGUAUACUGCUCUUACUCUGCAAGACCCUGGCCUGCUGCAAAUUGGAAAUUCUACAUUGCUUUUUCUUUGUUUCGUGGGGCAUCAAUCUAUGCAGGAGUAUAUCACAGAUGGACUAUGGGUAAUGCUUCAGGUGGUGAGCGCGCUAAAUUUGCUGGCAGGGUUGGUAACGUUAUGGUUGACUGCGCCUGGGACUUCAUAAAUAGAGUUUUCAAGUCUCAGGAGCACCGUGGCAAGAAUUUCAGAGAGGAAGAAAGUUUAACUUCCGAAAAGAAUCAAGGCAAAUUUGUUCCUAGUGAAAAGGUUAUGCAGCUUCAAAAGAAACUAAUAAAGUUUAUUGAAGAUCACAUAUACCCAAUGGAGGGUGAGUUCUACAAACAUGCACAAUCAACCUCAAGAUGGACAAUUCAUCCAGAAGAAGAAAAUCUUAAAGCAUUGGCAAAGGAGGGCCUAUGGAACUUGUUUAUUCCGAUGUCUGACGGCCUAUUCCUGUGUUUUCCUGGAGAUUGCCAGUCCUAUGUUGACUCAACGAUCGGAUCCGUGUUCUUGAGUUUGUAUUUGCCAGUCCAAUCACCUGUGGGCACAAAAAUCAUAGGCGCAUCAAAGCCAAGCCUGACGCCCAGACGUUGCACAGCUCCAGCACAACAAGCAAGGUCAACGUGUCCUGAGGUCAAACUCCAGUGCACACACAUCAGACCUUCUACUAGGUGCUGGAUGCAUUCUUGCCAUUAUGCUACUGAAUGGGCGAGACUACCUAAUAUCCAAGGUCUACAACAAAUCAAGGUGAGGGCACUCGACAUAAUACGCUAA